UACUGUAGAAGCGUAACUGCUAUUCGGUUUCUUUCAUUUUUCCGCUAAAUUUAGAGUCCUGAAGGAGACAAUCAAACAACAUUUAUUUAAUUAGACAAAAAUCAUUAAGGUUUUAUGGAUAUUCAAAUAAGAUGGGUAUUAUUUGAUUAGUCCAUUAUUACUUUCAUAUGUGACUGCUAUUUAUUGAAAAGAAAUUUGAGCAAGAGUACACAUACAUUUUCUAAUGUAUACACAAAUACCACUGAGCUUUCAAGUAUUCAAAAUAGGUUUUUGCAUCAUGCUUCAGAAAGGCCCACGUCCUGUGGUUUUCUGCGGUCCAUCGGGUACUGGAAAAAGUACAUUGAUAAAAUUGUUAUUUGAUGAAUUCCCCGAUAAAUUUGGAUUUUCUGUUUCCCAUACAACAAGAAAGCCAAGACCUGGAGAAGAACAUGGGGCUCACUAUUAUUUUACAACUAAAGAAGACAUGCAAAAACAAAUUAAUCAAGGAGAUUUUAUAGAAACUGCAACAUUUAGUGGUAAUCUAUAUGGAACAAGUAAACAAUCCAUAGAAGACGUUCAAAGAGAUGGCAAGAUAUGUGUUUUAGACAUUGAAAUGGAAGGAGUUAAACAAAUUAAAUCAAGUUCACUUAAUCCCUUAUAUAUUUUUAUCAAACCUCCAUCCAUUACAGAUCUGGAACACCGAUUGAUUGGGCGCAAAACUGAAACCAAUGAUUCCUUACAACGUCGAUUAUCCAGAGCAAUCUUAGAAAUGGAAUUUGGUGAAACUCCAGGAAAUUUUGACAUUAUAAUUGAAAAUGAUAAUAUUGAAAAAGCAUAUAAAAAAUUGAAAGACUUUAUAUUAACUGAAUUAAAUCAACAAAAGCUAACCGAAAAUUGACAUAAUUUCAUGAACAACUUGUGUUAAGUGCCAAUUAAAUUAUAGAAUUGUUAUCCAGUUAAUUUGAGCAAAAUUUCCAAAAUGCUCAAAACGCAAGAACAUACACUUUGGAAAUUCCAAGUAUUAGAGUACAAAUGUGAUUAGAGAAUAAUAUAUUUCUGCAGUGCAUCAAUUCCUGUAGUUA